AAGUUGCUUGAAAUUAUGUCUACUUUUCAAAAAGCUUAUGUUAGGUUUUUGUGGAGUUCCCCUUUAAUUGAUACGAGUGCUGAUUAAUUAUUGAGCACUAGAUGGAGACUAGGCACCUGUUGAGCAUUAUACAAGAUAUGUUUUGGUGGUGUGCAUUAUUGUCACCCCUGGAGAGACUAGUGUUUUGACAUAGUGGAGCAUAGAAGUAACCUGGUUACGGGGAACACAUAAAUUACACAGAAAAAUGUAAGUAACUGUGCCAGGGAGUGUAGCUGAAUGGAGCUGUUUUUGAGACAAAGCGCUCCUUCGUUCUUCUCUUCUUAUGAAUGGCAUCUUAUGGACUACUGGCAGCUCCACGGCACGCUUUUGACUAGACUUUGGAUUAUUAUACAUUACGUUGUUAUAUUAAACCAAAUACAGAAGCUAAAUGGUCUCACACCUAAUUACAUAAUAUCUGAACCCAUGACACUAAAACCAGGGGGGGGUCUCUCAAGCACAGAAAAUAAACACAGCAUUCCAAGCCUCGAUCUAAAGUAAGUGACAGGAAGAAUGUACGCUACGCGUGGCGGUGGUUAGUCACAUUCCCCAUCUAAGAUGGCGGCCGGCCAUACAUUCUACUGUACUUUACUAGCAGGGGGCGCAACGAGAGGUGGGGAGAGGACCCUCGUUCGUUUCCGGGUGACUAGAAAGGCCGAGUGAAGGUAUGUUGACAUAUCACUUCCGGAGCGCUGUGUUCCGGCGGUGGCCCCGUCCCGGCCAGCCUGCAAGCCCGGAGGGUUGAGUAGCAGAAGGAGGGCAGCCAUGGAGAAAGGAAGUAAUAUACAGCUAGAAAUCCCAGAGUACAGCAACUCUGUGCUGAGCCACCUAAACCAGCUGCGAAUGCAAGGCAGACUGUGUGACAUUGUUGUCAAUGUACAGGGACAGUCAUUCCGAGCCCACAAAGUUGUUCUAGCUGCUAGCUCCCCCUAUUUCCGUGACCACAUGUCCCUCAAUGAGAUGAGUGCAGUCUCACUUUCAGUCAUCAAGAAUCCUGGUGUUUUCGAGCAGUUGCUUUCAUUUUGCUAUACAGGACGGAUCUGUUUGCAGAUUGCUGAUAUUAUUAGUUAUCUCACAGCUGCCAGCUUCUUGCAGAUGCAACACAUAAUAGACAAGUGCACUCAAAUACUGGAGGGCAUUCACUUGAAAAUUAGUUCACCAGAAUCUGAGGAAGAAUUAAGCCAGAGUCGACCGAAACAUGCAGAGAGGGCUCAAGAUGCUCAUCGUGUUACCCAGAGCCUGAGCCGUUCCUUAAGUCCUAGACACAGCACUCCUCGUAGUUCGGGGAGUAGGAGGGGUCAGGUAAGCACUGUGUUGGACAUUCGGGAAUUGAGCCCAGCUGAAGAAUCCACAAGCCCUCAGAUGGUCGAGCAGGGAUCUGAUGUGGAAAGCAGAGAGCCUAUCCUGAGAAUCAACCGAGCGGGUCAGUGGUAUGUGGAGACAGGGAUAGCAGACCGUGGAGAACGUAGUGAUGAUGAAAUCAGGGUGAUGGGUGGAAUGCAAAUUAAGACUGAGAACCUUGAGGAGUGGCUGGGGCCAGAGAACCAGCCUUCUUGUGAAGAUGGAAGCAGUGCAGAAGAAGUGACUGCCAUGGUCAUUGAUACAACAGGACAUAGUGCAACUGCACAGGAAAGCUACAGUUUGGGGUCAUCUGGAACAAAAGUAUCUAGACCAACAAGCAGUGAAAUAGACAGGUUCAGCCCCUCUGGCAGCAUGGUUACUAUGACAGAGAGGCACAGAGCAAAGAGCGAGUCCCCAAGGAGGAUGGAGGAACCAAAGCAAAACAGCUCACAGGGAGAUGAAGCAGGGGUUGUUGGAGUGAGUGGAUAUGUUGAAUACCUCCGUGAGCAAGAAGUGUCAGAGCGGUGGUUCCGCUACAACCCACGGCUGACGUGCAUCUACUGUGCAAAGUCUUUUAACCAAAAGGGCAGUCUAGAUCGUCAUAUGAGAUUGCACAUGGGCAUCACUCCAUUUGUUUGCAGGAUGUGUGGGAAGAAGUAUACACGAAAAGAUCAGCUGGAAUAUCAUAUCCGAAAGCAUACUGGAAAUAAGCCCUUUCACUGCCACGUGUGUGGAAAAAGCUUCCCUUUUCAGGCCAUAUUAAAUCAGCACUUUCGCAAAAACCAUCCUGGCUGUGUUCCACUUGAGGGGCCACAUAGCAUUUCCCCUGAAACCACCACUGUCGUCACCUCCAGGGGUCCAACAGGAGAAGAAUCUCCCUGUCAUGAGGAAGCAGUGGUUGUGGCCCCUUCAGCAACAGUUGAGGUGUCAUAUGGAGGGGAGUCAGCUCAUGGCUCUGUUUCUACAACAGGACCAGACUGAAAAACAGAAUUUUAUAUUUAAGGAUGACCUAGAAAGACGAAUUUCCUCCCUUUUACCUCAGCUGCCCCACCAUUUCUUAUUCUCUACUGUUCAUUCAUACUCCACAUGUGAGGCCUCUUGAGUUGGCAGCAGUAGAAUGUCGAAAUACGGAAAAAUGCAUUGCCAAAACGAGGAAAAAAUUGUAUCAGCAUCUGCUGGGCUCUCUUCCAUCUUUCCAAGAGCAGCCAAGUUCUUUGUUACAAAGACAAUUGUAGGAGGAAAAGUAUCUUUUUAGUGACUUAUCAGUGCAUUUUUACAUAUACAGGUUUCAACUAAUAGAUAUGGGAGUGUAAAUGGUGAUACUAAGAGUUUUAUAUAACAUUAAUUAGUAAUACAUCUAUACCCUGGAACUCACAGGGUAGAAGCAGCACAUAUUUAUUGCAAAGGCUUCCUCUUAAACAUGGUAUAAAGGUAGUGUUCCUCUGCCCCAUUCAAACAUUAAGGUGCUCUUAGCUGCUGAUCAUCAGACUUGUGGAUUUUCCGACACACAGUAAGAAGGGAGUAGAUAGUCUAGCUGUCUUUUUAGGGAUUUACAAAUAGACAUUUGCUCAGCAUGCAAGCAAGCAAACUCUCACUAGAUGCAAAUAAGGACCCCAGUCACAACAUUGUCUGCUAGUUUGUGUUUCUUUUUCUUCCAUUAACCCAUUAUAGAUCUUACUGUAAAAUUCAAACACAUACUGUACAUGUUACAUUCACCACUAAAAAAGAAGAACCCUUAGGGUGGUGGCAGACUAUGCGGGUGACUAAUCUCCCCGAAAUGCCUUCCCGACGGUGAUUUGUAUUCUUGCCAGCGGGAAGAGAUUUCGGGGAGAUUAGUUGCCCGCAGUAGUGACCACUGGGCGACUAAUCCCCAGGUCUUCCACCACCCUAAAAAUGUUCUAGUUUGAGGUGACAGUUGUACUAAGCAUUAGAAUGAGGUGCAUGAUGCUUGCAUACUCUAGUCAUGUCAACAACAUCUCAGAUUAUUACUCUUCUGAUUCCAAUGAUGUUUAGAGAUUCACCUCUGGUGCUGCAGGUGGACCUCUUUAGAAGGUUCCAGUAUGUACGGUGGCAUUUUUGGUUUUCAACAGCAGCUGAGAUUUUUUUUUAAUGACCCAAGUUGGAAUUGCACUAAAAGAUUUCAUCAAACACUGCAAUGGAGCCCAAACACUUUGCUACCAUUGAGUGGGCUCCAACCUUCCCCAACUUUCUAUUGACUGGGUGAUUCUGUUUUUAAAACAAACUGCAGAAACAAAAAUACAACACUGCUUUUUACACAACGUGAUUUAUAUAAUAUGCAUUUCAUUAACCCCAACCACAGAAAAAUGUAUUGUGCUGUGUGCCUCUCAGGAAUGGGAUAACAGCAGUAUUUCAGAUAAUAUGGCGUGGCUAAUUUUCUGACCAGAAACAAGCAGCAUGUGUGAUUAUUAAUACUUAUUCUGGCUUUCCUUUGCAGCUUCUCUCUUUAAUAUGGCACAUCAUUAAUUCUG